CACGCACGCUUAGACUCUUGGGAGUUGUAGUACGAGUCCAGUCAGGUCUGGAACCAUGGCGGUGACCAAGGAGCUCUUAGACAUGGAUCUGUACGCGCUGUUAGGCAUUGAGGAGAAGGCGGUGGACAAAGAGGUGAAGAAGGCAUAUCGGCAGAAGGCCCUUUCCUGCCACCCAGACAAAAAUCCGGGUAAUCCCAGAGCAGCCGAACUCUUCCACCAGCUUUCUCAGGCCUUGGAGGUGCUGACCGAUGCUGCAGCCAGGGCCGCAUAUGACAAGGUCAGGAAAGCUAAGAAGCAGGCGGCAGAGAGGACCCAGAAACUGGACGAAAAGAGGAAGAAAGUGAAGCUGGAUCUGGAGGCCCGGGAGCGGCAGGCCCAGGCCCAGGAGAGUGAGGAGGAAGAGGAGAGCCGGAGUACCAGGACGCUGGAGCAAGAGAUCGAACGCCUACGAGAAGAGGGUUCCCGGCAGCUGGAGGAACAGCAGAGGCUGAUCCAGGAGCAGAUACGCCAGGAACGGGAGCAGAGGUUGAGAGGAAAGGCAGAAAAUACUGAAAGCAAAGGAACCCCCAAAUUAAAGCUGAAGUGGAAGUGCAAGAAGGAGGACGAGUCAAAAGGCGGCUACUCCAAAGACCUCCUGCUGCGGCUUUUACAAAAGUAUGGUGAGGUCCUCAACCUGGUGCUUUCCAGUAAGAAGGCAGGCACCGCCGUGGUGGAGUUUGCGACCGUCAAGGCUGCGGAGCUGGCUGUCCGGAAUGAAGUUGGCCUGAUUGAUAACCCUUUGAAGAUUUCCUGGUUGGAAGGACAGCCCCAGAGCACCGUGGGCCCUAACCACCCCACACUGUCAAAGGGCUCGGUGUUGUCAGAGAGGGACUACGAGAGCCUGGUCAUGAUGCGCAUGCGCCAGGCUGCGGAACGGCAGCAGCUGAUGGCCCAGAUGCAGCGGGAGGACCAGGAGGGGCAGCCCACAUAGCCCCGGCUCCAGCCCUCCCACCCCUCGGCCCUUUUCUUAAGUGUUACCAAUAAAAUAUUUUUUAAGGAGCCUACCUCUGCUCUGUGCAUAGUGUAGGGAUCUGGGCCCAGCCUCAGCUUUCGUCUGGGCCGGGCUGCCCAUAGUGGCGGUCAGUGCACUAGCAGUGCAGAGGGGCACGGCUCAUCACGACCCUUUAUUGACUUGGACUAGCUAAACUGGACCCUGCUCAGAUCUUGAGCUGCCAGAGGCAGCCUGCCCACAGAACAUGGCCUACCCCAAGGCCCUGGACCAGGCCUGAAGUUGGAGAGCAGCUGGGAGUACCAGGGCAAGGGGCCUGCCCUCUCCCACUGACCAAGGCAGGGCCCCAGGGAAGGCUGCCCACUGCCCACUGGUGCUAGGGUGAGGAAAGUGACGAUCUCAGGUGAAAAAAG